CAUACAGUGUGUGGUCAUGGUUGAGUGCACUUAAACUUUUAACUUAAAGUUGAAGUGCAGUCAACCAUGACCACUAAUUGCAUUAGUAUGAAGAAACAUACAGUGUGCGGUCAUGGUUGAGUGCACUUAAACUUUUAACUUAAAGUUGAAGUGCAGUCAACCAUGACCACUAAUUGCAUUAGUAUGAAGAAACGUACAGUGUGUGGUCAUGGUUGAGUACACUUAAAAUUUUAACUUAUGCCAACCAACUUGAAAUCCUCUGUACUAGAAAUGCACUAUAGCUUAGCAACAGUCAACCUAUAUAUAAACAGCCAACCUAGCAACUGCAUCAUUUCUUUUGAAAUGUCCGAAGCCAUUUCUACAUCUCUGCUAAGAAGAGUUCGAGUCGGGCCUGUUCCACCGCAGUUUAAUAUCAGUAUGGAUGAAUGGAUAGAUAGUCAUAGCUCCACCCACAUGCACAACCAGCUCCUCCCCCAGCUUUUCAACCAGGAAGCGAGCUGCUCCUACUCCUCCUACUCUCGAAACAAAGAAACCUAAGCUUGCAAGUGCAAGGAAACGAGCGGCUCCUACUACUACUACUACUGUCGAGCAAAACCGUGCAAACGAAGAUACCUAAGCUAGAAUCCAUGCUGUCAGCAGCGCUUCUCUACAGCAAGUGAAGCAGAACUAACUAAGCUGUUUAAGCCUUUUGUUCCUAAGAAGAUGCAACUGCAUGGUCUCUAAGAAACUUCCAUUGCUGGGUGAAGAACAGAAGCAACCAAGACCAACUGGAGAAGUGUCCUGAAAAUCUACUGGAGGAAAUGGAUACCAAGAAGCUCAACUAUUGGCUUGCAGUAUUUUUAGUCGAGACCAGGAAGGUCACUGGAGAAUCCUAUCCUCCAACUACUCUACACAACAUUAUGUCAGGCCUCCUUCAAUACAUGCGAACUGUUGAUCCACAGAGGUGUCCAAACUUUUUUGCCAGAAACAAUGCCAAUUUUGUCACUCUUCAGAGCACCAUGGACUCUGUGUUCAGAACAUUGAGGAAGGAAGGUAUUGGAUCGGAGAAGAAAACAGCAAAGCCAUUUUCGAAGGAAGAAGAGCAGCAACUUUGGUCAUCUGGAGCAUUGGGUGUGCAAGACCCUAUAUCACUUCAACCUGCUGUAUUCUUUUCAAAUGGCAAAAGUUUUUGCCUGAGAGGAGGAAACGAGCAUCGUGAACUUAAACUAUCCCACGUAGGCUACAGAUACACCGAGAAUGCAUCCAAAAACCGUGCAGGUACUGCAGAACAAAACUGUCUUCAUAGCAACAGUUCCUGAAGCUGAAGAAAGAUGCCAUUGCUACCUACUGGACCUGUACAUCAGUAAGCUUCCUAGAAAAGCUGAUUUGUUUUACGUCCGUCCCCUCGAAAAUGUCCAACUCGAAUCUCAAACAUGGUAUACUUGUGUCCCUGUAGGAAAAAACAAACUGUACAAAAUGGUGAACGACAUGUGUACUCUUGCUGGGAUUCUGGGAAGAACGAACCAUAGCCUCAGAGCAACAGGAGCUACCGAGCUAUACAAUGCUGGUGUUCCAGAGAAUAUCAUUAACCCUUUAACCGUCGGAUUCUUAAUUAACAGUGAAGUGAAAUGUCUGUAAAUUCUCUAUCGGGUUUCCAGAGCAAUAAAAUGCCUAGUAACCAUAUACCAAUAGAAUGCCCAUACAACAAGGAAUAAAAUGGUGCAACAUAUGUUGCCAUAACAACCACGGUUAUUACGCUCAUCCGUUUUUAUUAUUUUAAAUGCUCGGCCAGCGGUGAGAUAAAAUCCAAAAAUUUUUUUUUAUGGAUCAGCCUAUCAUAUAGUAUAAAGGCUUGACUAAGCUUGAUUUUCACAUCAUAUGAAUGUAACAGUGCUAAGAUAUAUCAAUUUGAAGUACAAUACGUACAUGUAUUACUAUAUCGGUGAACGAUCUAUGAAAUUUACAAGCUCUACAUAAAGACUGUUCAUUACUGCUAAUUCUAUUUUAGCUAUACUAUACUUACUACUGAUAUUCUAGCUAUACUAUACUACUUGCCAGAGUCACACAGUUUGCCCUCUCCUGGUCUUUCACCGUCCUGGUCCAUAGCUCUAGCGUCUAGGUCCAUGUCAUGCAUGUCCUCAGUCCCAGACAGUUCAUCAGCGUCUGGCAUAAAGCUGGUAGCCUUUGGGAGGUAUCCUACUAUCCCCUCUCCUUCAUAGGUACUGUCAUCACCAGAGGAGACAUCGCCAUUGCUGUCCUCAAGCUGUUCAAGCACAUCGGCACAAGUAAACAACCUAGCCAUAGCUCUAAACUUCGUGCGGUAAAAUGCUAAUGAAAUUUUAACAUAGCAACGUGGCUUGGAAAAUUCUAGGCUAAAUUGCACGUGAUUCUAUAGCUCUUCCUCUAUACAGGGAUGUGCGUAGUUCGAGCUACUUCCUAAGUAUCGCAGAAUUAGAAUUUCGCAAAAAAAGUCACUAUUGCGGGCCACGAUCGUGGCCCGUGACGGUUAAAGGGUUAAAGAGCGAACUGGGCAUCGUUCUUUGGAGUGUCUACGCAUGUACGAGCGUACCAGUGAGAAGCAACAGAAUGCCGUGUCCAGAGUUUUAUCUGCAAAAAAAGAAACCAGUUUCAAUGUGGAGAUGACAAAACUGGCAGAAAACACAACGAACAUGCAUUGCAACUCACUCAUGCAUCUGUUCCAGUCAUGAACUUCCAUAAAUGCCAAGUGAACAUCAACUAAUACAGUCAUGCAUGGUCUAUCGCCGACAGUGGAGCUUCUCUCUACCAUUAGUUAUGUUAUUAUGUUACUGGACUACAAUCAUCUAGCUCUUAUAAUUAUUUUGUUAUUCCAUUCAUUGUAAAUCACAAUAAACUGUUAUUGUUGUAGUUUGUAGCCCAGAGCAAUCUAUAGUACCGGUACUACAGCUCAUAGUUCCCUGCUAAAUACACUCAAAUGGGAUCUAAUGCUCGCCUUGUAUAAGUUUUGUGAUGGGAUCAAGAUAUGGACUUUGCAAUACAAGUUGGUGCAGUUAUUGACAUGCCUAUGGGUCAUUCCAUACGAAUUCAACAUUACCUAAUGGCCGGGUGACUUCUCUAGAGUAUAAUUAUGAGAAGAUGUCUGACUAUCUCACAAUAGCAGAUCUAAACAAAGUGUACCUCGCUACGUUUGAAGCUCGAAUCAAGUGGCGAAACAUCUUGUUGAUGCUCGAAGUCUCUGCAGCUACAAUUAGAAGCAUCGGGAAAGAAUGGAACAACUAUCCUGAUGACUGCUAUCGUGAGGGGCUGUUGGAAUGGCUGAAUGAAGGAGAGAGAAGCUGGAAAUCUAUGGUCAAAGCAUUGUCCAGUCCUACUGUGGGCCACGUUCACAUAGCCAGGACCAUUGAGAGAGAUCAUCUACAGUCUAGCAAUCCUACUGAUGUGAAGUCAGAGGUUGACCAAAAUCACCAGAAGAUCAAUGAAGAUUUGACCAUUUUCCUGGACGAGCCACUCGGUAGUGGUGCAUUUGGAGCAGUCUUCAAAGGCAGCUACAGAGGCGAUCCUUGUGCUAUCAAACUAUUACAUCAGGUUGCUAUGGAGAUGCAGACAAAUAUUCCCGCCACCAAAAGUGAAGAUGCUAGCGAUGCAAUUGAUCGUGAGAGUAAUUUUCUCAAGUCGUUCCAGCACCCAAACGUUGUUCAGUUUUUGUCGACUGCUAAGCACCCCAAAUCAGGUGGUACCAUCCUCGUUGUUGAGCUGAUGGAUUGCAAUCUGAGAUCUUAUAUCUCCGGCCUUGGUGAAGAGUCCCUCACUAGCGAAUGUGAAAUUAGCCUCUCCAAAGACAUGGCUUGUGGUCUGGCCUACAUUCACAGCAAGCAGAUUAUCCACCGUGACCUCUGUGGCGAUAACGUCCUACUGAAGUUUACACUGCCAGUGCCUCUUGCAAAGAUUUCCGACUUUGGUAUGUCACGACUAUACGAUCCCUCCAAGCUUAGCUCCACCCUCACAGCCAUUGGUCAGCGUAAAGGGUAUCUACCUCCCGAGGCCUAUCAAUUAGAAGAAGAGAAUUACGAUAAUAGCCUGGAUGUGUUUUCCUAUGGAGUGAUUGUGGCACAAAUUGUUUGCAAGCUAAAGACGAUCAAAUCAGCCAAGGAUCGAUCAUUUCAUGUUGCCCAGAUCCCUCACACACACAUGUUGAGGAAGCUUAUCGACAGGUGUUUGCAAGAAGACAGGAGAAGGAGACCAUCUGCCAGGGACAUCUACGAUUUACUGCCAGUGGAGGAAACAAAGAUGGAGUCAAAGGACAUUCGACCAGUCAACCAGGGUCCCCCUCCCAGAGAGUUGAGACCUCCACUCACUCUGAAAGGGAGAAGAGGGAAAGACAUGCCAAUCAAGAUGGGCUUCACUGUACAGAGUGUUGUUGUCGGUGACACGGUUUAUGUUGGUGGAGGUGGUGGAAGUGGUACAGGCAAUGAUCAUGACAUGUGUACAGUGAUGAAGCUCGAGCAAGAUCAAUGGACCAAACUACCAGAGUACACUGCCAAGUGGUUCGCUCUGACAUCACUCGCUAAUCGACUAGUGCUGGUGGGAGGUCUUUAUCCAAGAAACUACAAACGAACCGAUCAACUUGCAGUAUUUGAGUCAGGGAAAUGGACUCACCCGUACCCACCAAUGAACAUUGCUCGUUCUUCCUGUGCAGCUAUUUCCUUCAACAACCACAUCAUUGUAGCUGGUGGGGUAAAUGAUAAAGUUCGUAUCUUCUCAUCUGUUGAGUUGUUGGACGUGACAUCAGAAAUAUGGUACAUUGCUCAGUCACUACCUAACCCACGAUCAUCACUAAAAUCAACUCUCAUUGAAAACACCCUCUACCUAAUGGGAGGGCACGCGUACGAUGGAUUGUUGGGUAACACUGGGAGGUUAACCAAGACAGUGCAUUACGUCGACCUCAAUGAACUCAUUGCAAAGGCCCAUUCCAACCUGGACACACCUACUCUUUGGCAGACCUUACAAGAAGUACCACUCGUGGGAUCAGUUCCUCUCAGUAUUGAGAGGUUACUAUUAGCCGUUGGUGGACGAGACGACAGACAAAAGAACUUAAGUUUAUCGAUCCACUUCUACCAGCCUGACACCAGGAAGUGGGUGAAAGUGGGCGAAGACCUGCCUAAUGAACGAUACAACUGCACAUGCUCAGUACUUCCUAGUGGAGAGGUCAUUGUAGCCGGAGGACAGAAACAAUCUAGUACUUGUAUUCAACAUGUGGAUUUCUUUUCUAUAAGUGCUUAAUUGUUUUGGCACUUAAUUGUUAUAAUGUCGUGCAUUGAGUUAACAAUUAACGUAUACAUACAAUCUUGGUAUGGUUACAUGUAUUUAUGUUGUUUCUACAAGA